AUGUUUGUGACAACCUUGAUUGCACAACCUCAUGCUGCAUUUCUUACUCGACUUGAUUUGUCAAAUCAACCUCUUGAUCGAAACAAUAUUGCACCCUUUUCUGAAAUCAUGUCGAUAGAGUUUGGUAUGCGUGAACUUGUAUUGGAUGGCUGCGGGCUUGAAGACAGUGCUAUCAAGAUACUGAUGCAUAGUUUACUUGAGAACGACAAGAUCAAACAGCUUAGUCUUGCCAAUAAUCCCAAGAUAUCUACUACUGGGUUCAAGUACAUUGCAGUCUAUGUCAAAGGGUCUUCUCAACUGACCACGUUGAACCUUUCUUAUACACAACCUGACAAGAAAGCCAUUGAAUAUUUGAUGAAUGCCAUUGUCAAGUCAACGCCUGAUUCAACCCGUCCUUUUUUGUCCUGUUUAGUACUGGACAAUUGUAAUUUGAGAGUAGCUCAAUUAGAAGUGCUUGCAGCAGGAAUCAAGAAACCAACUUGUUUGCGCCAAUUGUUUAUCAGCCAUCAACGUAUGUUAAAUCAGCAAGGUGCUCUAUCCAUUGGUGUCAUGCUUCGUGAUUAUGAUACAACAGUCUAUCAUGGACUACAGAGACUCUGCUUGGAUCAUAGUCCUAUGAACUCAAAUGGUAUUCAGUAUAUCACACAAGCAUUAAGAAGAAAUCAGAGUCUACGUUAUUUAUCGAUGCAAGACUGUAACAUUGAUUCUGCAUCAUGUUAUUUGCUGGCAGAAGCUCUUAAAUAUAACCAAUUUCUCGAGAAACUUGAUCUUGCAUGCAAUGCAUUGUGUAAGCCCACAAUGGAAGGAAUGACCCAUAUUACACAAGCAUUGACUAUCAAUCGAUCUUUAAAAGACUUUUGUCUGGCAGAGACAAAAAUAUUUACUGAAGCUAUUAUCAUUCUUGCAGAAUGUUUGGCUGAAAACAAUACACUGAUAAGACUUGAUCUAUCCCGAAAUCCUGAUAUUCAAAUGGCUGCAUUAAUGGCACUUGCUGCCUCUGUUCGUAGGAAUGAUACAAUCACAUUUAUUGAUAUUCAUGUUCCUACACAGGAUAAAGAGAUGGUCUCCAUUCAUAAUGACAUACUGUCUAAAUGCACAAAGAAUGCACAAACCAGGAAAUCAGAUAAAUCAGUUCGAUCAGAUAACCCUAUUUAUGCCACCACUGCUCAAGCAACAGCUCGAUUGACAUUAAAAGAAAGACUAGCAGCAGUAACAGGAGCAAAGAAGCCCAUCCAUGAUGAUGCUGCAUUGAUUCAACAAGCAUUAGAGCAUAUCACAUCAUUAGAAGGAUCAAAUCCAUCUGCAAAUAUACUCUAUGCUUCUCAACAAACGCUAUCCAACAUAAGUACAAGAAUACCUGAAGUUGUGGAUCCAUCUCAGUUAGACAUACUUUUGACAAUGAAUGAUCGAUUGACAUUAGCCAUAGAGAGAUACACUUACAAGGAAUAGAAUUAUUAUUAUUUAG